GCUGACUGGACUCGCGACUCGAAUAUAUAUAAUCCCCGUUCCCAUCUCUUUUCUCUUUCCCCAUCUCCCACGCGCACUACUAUUAUAUCCCUACCUGCUAGCAUCACUCAUCAUGUGCUGCUAAAUACCCCGCGCGACCAACACUACACCAGCUACCCGUUAAUACACACCCAACACGUCGUCCGCAACCAGCGACAGCUACCCCACCACCGCCACCCAAGAUGCUGCUUUCCCAUUCCCCCACCCCACACACCGAUCUCUAUCGAGACCGCGCCCCACUGCCCACCACAAACAGUCCGCCCCCAGGCCAGACACUACCCCUUUUACCCCUACCCCUCUACGACUGAGCGAGUCUCUGCCUGCCUUUCCGGCUACACCGUCUAGUUCUAUCACUACUACUACUACAACGAGAGCUCUCAACGAGCACAACAUUACUACGCGUUUUUCGCCUUCCGCCUACACCACCACACACAUUAGCGAUACCAUCAUGCGCUUCACUUCCGACGCCAGCCCCUCCCUCACCCCUCUCGGCUCCCGCCUCCUCCACAUCUCGGAGCGCAAGCUCUCUAUGCUCGACGGGAUCGCCUACGACGAAGGUUUCGACCUCCGUAAGGGUAUCCUCGUCCGCGAGGCCGUCCGCUCCGCCUGGCAGAGCGUCAGCGAUGGUGAGGAGAUCGAAAUGACCAACUGGUCUUCCCACAGUGCCAUGGGGCUCGAGGUGUACGAAGAAGAAGAAGAGGGGGACUUGGAGAGGAGCGAGCAGAGGUGGUUUGAAGACAUUGUCACGAGUCUGGACGAGGAAGAGGACGAGUUGGCCAGCGAGCACGAGCACGAGUGGGUCGAGAGCAACGUCACCAUUCCCGAGGACCUCGAGUUCAACGUCGACGGCAUGGAGGCUUUCACCUUUACUUCUCCCACUGCCCCUUCUACGCCUGCUUUCGAGUCUGCACAUUGCGCCUCGACUAGCUGCGUCGAUGUGGUCGAGGUCGACGAUGACGAGUCUGACAUCUCGGACGAGGACGUACUUGCCCUCACUCAAUCUACCCACUGGUCUCUUCCCACCACCACCCACCUCGAGUACGCCACUUCUCCCCCUCUCUCUCCUCUUCCCGAACCAUCCCCCCUCCAGAUCCCUGCCGCUCUAUACCCAGGCAUCGACGACUACUUUACAGACUUUGAAGAGUAUGUCGACGACUUUUCCGCCCUGCCUCCUCCCUUGCUCAGAUCGAUGUCGAGCUCGACCACGAGUAGCGAAGGCGAUGAUACGGAGGUGUGUGGCACGCCGCCGAUGAGAGUUGGAGAGUUGAGUCGGGAGGAGGACGAGGAUGAGGAGGAGGAGAUUGAUUGGAAAGAGCAGGAGGCUUUGUAUGGGAUGGGGUUGAAGAUGGGUGGUACGGAUCCUGCUUUUGUGUUCUUAGUUCAGCCUAGUCAAUUAUUCGGAUAGCUUUCUUCUGUCUUGUCGUUCGUUGAGUCGUGUUCCGCUUUUGAAUCUGUUGAAGAACAGUAUAACAAAAAAUCUUACAAAAAAAUCUGUCUGACACUUUUAUCAUUUUAUCAGGCGUAGGUCUCUAUGGAUGUUGUGAUUGUGA